AUUCAAUCAUUUAACCUGCGAAUUUGUUUCCACAAUAAUAAUAUUGCACUAUUGAUGAGGAGUGAACGCUCUCUUGGAGAUCUUAAUUAUUUAAUCUUCAAUUUUUUCGUUUUAUGUAUAUAUCUUUAUUCAGCUUCCCUUUCCCCAAACACUAAACAAAGCAAGGCUUUACCUCUCUCAAGCUGAUUUUCCCAAACAAUUAAGUUGCAGUGGGAUAUAUCAAUGAUAAUGGGCAUGAGAAUCCCAGCGUUGAUGAGCAAGCAAGGGAUUCGUAGUAAUUUAGGAAUGAUAAAUCAGGAUUACGUUCAAGUGUUAAACCCUCGAAGAGUGGGAGAUGAUAAUCCAGUGAAAGGGAAGGAAAAAGUAGUAGUUGUAAUGGGAGCCACAGGGAGUGGAAAGUCCAAACUCUCCAUUGAUCUGGCCACCCAUUUCCCCAACUCCGAAAUAAUCAACUCCGACAAAAUGCAACUCUACCAAGGCCUAGACGUCGUCACCAACAAAAUCAGCCCCCAAGACCAACGGGGAAUCCCCCAUCACUUGCUUGGCAUAGCCACCACCCCUCACCUCGACGUCACCGUCUCCAAAUUCUGCCACAUGGCCACCCUUGCCGCCGACUCCAUCGUCCGCCGCCGCCGCAUCCCCAUCAUAGUCGGCGGCUCCAACUCCUACAUCGAGGCUCUACUAGACGACUACUCCACGUUUCAUUCCAAAUACGAAUGUUGCUUGCUGUGGGUGGACGUUGCAAUGCCGCUCCUCCAUUCCUUUGUGUCGGACCGAGUGGACAAGAUGGUUGCAAGUGGGCUGGUGGAGGAGGUCCAGGAAUUGUUCGAUCCCAAUAAUGGGGAUUAUUCGCGUGGGAUUAGAAAGGCAAUUGGCGUGCAUGAGUUAGACCGUUACUUUCGGGCAUGUACUAAUUCCAAAGUUUUACGAAAUAAGCUGCUACAAGAAGGGAUAGCGGAGAUUAAAGAAAAUAGCUGCAAGUUGGCAUGUAGGCAAUUGAAGAAAAUCCUACGCUUACAAAAUGUGAAAGGGUGGAACAUACAUAGAGUGGAUGCGACAGAGGUGUUUAGGAAGAAGAAAUCAAAAUUAGAAGCAGAGGAGGCAUGGGCUAAGCACGUGAUUGGACCAAGUGUCAUGAUAGUGGCCCACUUUCUGAGUACCAAAACACACAUUCAAGAUCGACCCAUUAUUCUCAAACCUACAUCUUUGUUCAGAAUGUCGUUGGCAGCAACUGUUGCCCCUUAGAUUAUAUAUAUAUAUAUAUAUAUCACAACAUGAAAAAUCCUCGACGAUAAAGUUAAUUAGUUGUUUAAUUUGUAACAUUAUUUUCAGUCUUUCUAAUACGUUGUUACAAGAACCAAAACUUUUGAUUUUUAUAUUUAAUCUACUAAGAUUGAGAGAGCUUUGCCUUACCCUUUUUUUUUUUUUUUUUUUUUUUUCCUUUUCUUUUUAUCGUACAAGCUAAUUAUUAUUAUGAGCAAUAUUUAGGUAGCCUACUAAUUAGGUAAUAAUAACAAUAACAACAAUAAUAGUAGUAGGAAUGCAACUAUUAAAAAAAAGUGAGAGUUUGACUGAUGGCAAAUUGUUCAAAGGUGAAUAAGGGAUGAGAAGGGUAAACUGUAUUUCAGUCUUCAUCCCUACAAAAUCCAAAAUGCUUGGUUUAAUUAUGUGAAAAUGGCGUUCACAAGGGAAAAUUUUUCCAUUUAUCUAUUUUUAAAUAAAAUUUUAAUUUAUUGUUGACCAAAAAUAGAAUUUUCAAGAUAUUAAAUAGAUGAAUGAUUUCCAAUACAAUUUUAAUUUUAAAGAAAACAUUAUAAAAAAAAAAA